AUGAACCCAAGAAGUGCUGCGCCUCAUUGGGGAAGCAUAUACAUGGACCAAAAGUUACACAUCGAGGGCAGUUUCAUUCAGGUAAUUCUAUUAUUACUAGAGUUUUGGUUCACUUUCGUUUGUUCUUGUGCUGCAUGUACACAUGUGGCUCGUAGCUGUACGCGUAAAACUUGCGGCAGUGUUCAAAAAUGGUAUUUUCUGAAACCGUUCUUCGUUACAUACAUUCUAUUUCCUCGCUUGUCCACUUCUCGCUUUCAACUUCAGUAUCUUUUUUUAUAA